AUGGAUAAAAAAGAUCAAUUAUAUAAACAAAUGUCAAUGGAUAGUAAUAGUGGAUUAAAUUUUGAACAAUUAAAGAAAUUAAAAGUGGAAGAGUAUAUAGAGUUUCAAUAUAAUCGUCAAAUUGAACUUUUAAAUAAAUAUACAGAAAAUAAAAUCCAAGAAAUUGUAAAUCACAAAGAAAAAUUAAAAAGAGAAUUAAUUGAACAACAAAGAAAUCAAGAAAAUUAA